AUUUUUUGAUUUUUCAGGCUCAAUUUAUGCUGUAAAAUACUAUUAGAAUUGAAAUGUCUACUCGUGGUGCGGUAAUCGAAAGUGAUGAGACGGGUAAACAAUCGAAUGCUCAUCGCAGCGAGCUUCGACCGGAUGCCCGCCGUGAUGAUACUGAGAGAAAGAUCUUUGGUAUUCCGACUCGCACGCGAAGCGGAGAACCGAAGGAUGCUGUGGUUCUGCUGAAUGAAGUUACCAUGAAGCGGUUGCCGCCCGUGAAGCUGCUGUUGUACAAACAAGAUGCGGAUUCUAUUGUUGCGCUUUGCAUUGUCGGCAAUAAGAUUGUUGAAGCCCGCGGAAAACCGAAAGAAGCUCGUUUAUCUGCCAUCAACGAAAUGCUGAGCAAGUUGAGCCAUCACUGCGAAUCCGGGUACGCGUCUGAAAAUCCUCACUCGCCAUCAAGUAAUUCACAGCAAGUUCAUGAUUCGAGCGUCGAAGAAACGAAGGAUGAGCAAGAUCGACCUCGUGCAAAGUCGUCAUGGGGAAAGUUGAUGUCUCUAGCUCGAGAAAUGUUACCACCCGUGAAGUAUGACGUCCGUGUCGUGCGUCGCUCAACCGGCCCUCUGUUCAUCACUCGUUGUCGUGUGAAGCAUUUCGUUACGUAUGGUGAAGCUGCUGGAGUGAACGGGAAGAGGAAAUCGAAAAUCACUGCUGCUGAAGCGAUGCUUGAACGCCUGAAAACUCUUCCUCCGAUGGUUGUUGACUUGGAUGUUGACCUCGUGAAUCACUUGAUCAAAAGCUAUUUUGUAUUUUCCCAGGGUUCCGAAGAAGAAGACUAUCACUUGAUCAAUGCGCCGAUAUCGCGAGCUAUUACAGAGCGUUCCGUCCCUUCCAGAAAGGAAGUUAAAAGGGACAAGAUAAUCUUCAACCGUCUGUCGAUGAAUUUUCUUCGAGAGAUGGUUAAGGAUAACUUCUUCGAGGACCAUUUCGUAAAAGCAUUUUUGGGGGGUUCAUUUUUUGAUCAAGUUGAACUUGGAAGAGAUUACGAGGUUCUACUAGUUCUCUGGCAUUCGCCGAAUUUGAUGCCUAUGGACACCAUUGCAUCGGGUUCUCCAAAACUGCGAAUGAUUAGGCCGGAUUCGUUCGCUGAUGCUCUAAGCUGCAUGGAAUUUCUGGGUGAUCGUGGAUUUGUUCUUCCAUCGAAAGUUCUGGAUUGGUUCAAUGGUCUUGCGCAGCACUCAUCACAAAACUGUGUCUUGCCUCCGGGAAUGAAGGUCAGAGGAAGUACGGUUGAUGGAACUUUCGUCUUGAAGAUCACGGAUGAAGACGUUGAGUUCAGCGUGAAGCUAAAGCCGUGCUUCAUGUUUCCGUCUUUGACUCGUCUGCCGGCUUGCACCGUUGACCUAAAGUAUCUCAGCAAAGUCCUUGAUUCGGAAUGGUACAUGGUACCUGAACGUGUGAUGGCAGUUCAAGGUCAAUCUGCCAAACGUCAGACUCACUGGACCAUCGUUGCACCUGCUGGAGAACGGGAGAUAUUUCACGACACCCAGUGCUGCAAACCGCUUCUGCGUUUAUUUUACGACCUGAACGAGACAGAAGGUUGGAAGUUGCCGUUGUCUGCAUUAAAGAACAUGUUCAUCGACGAAGUCUUGCUUCAUAACGAGUUCGAGUUCUGGAAUUUCGCGGAUUGCGCAAGCCUUUUCAUCAUGAUGCUUUCGAAGCUUGAGUCUUGCUUGGAAUCCGGUCAUUUCCCGACUGUGUGGGAAUCUUCCGAGUUGAAAAUUGCGGAAGUGUUGUCAGUUCCAACUCUGAAGAAAGUCCUGAAAUUGCGUUCAAGCUGCCUUUCGUGCUAUCGUCGCGCUGCUCAGUUUUCUGACCCUCCGCGAAAUGCUGAAUUCCUGCAAGAGUUGUACAGUCUGCUGGCGUCGUCGAAAAAAAAAGCACGACUUGGAAAGAAAAUUGCCCAUGAAUGAUCUUUCCCAUCGUAUUUAAGUGUCUUGUAUAUAACGAAUUCUCCUGCAAAUCUGCUUGUGCCUUCUUUAUGGAAUGAGAAAAUUUUUUUUCCGUAUUGGUCUGCUUCGAACUGGAUAGAAGAGUUGCUUAUCGUUGAUCGAAUUUACUAUACGAUGUGAUUCAAAUGGAUGUAUUUGUCUGGGAUGUGCCGUAUUGGCUCUGGAAAAACUGUUAUUCCGAAAGCGCUGGAUGAUAUCGGAUGUGAUGCUGGGAAAAAUUGUGAGUGGUUCGAAUUGCUUUUGCCGGUAUGAAAAACUCGGUUUGAUUCAUUUGAUCUGUGAAAGUACUGUGAAACGAUUAGGUUGUGCUAAUGGGAGUUGGAAAUAAAGAGAGCUUCGUUCAACAUGGAUAAA